ACGGGUUAUCUAACAAUCAUGUUGCAUUCUUAGCUUAAAAUAACUAAUUGAUUUAUCUGGAUUGUUGAUUGACAGGAGGUUACCUUGUGGACAGGAAGAGCACAUCUGGAAUGGCUCAUUUCCUAGGAUCAUGUCUGAUUUCAUGGGGUACAAGGAAGCAAAUUCAGUAGCUCUCUCAACAGCUGAAGCAGAAUAUGUUGCUGCAGCAUCCUGUUGUGCUCAGCUCUUGUGGAUCAAAUAACAAUUGGAGGAUUUUGGGGUAUACACUGACUGUGUACCUCUGUUAUGUGACAAUACCUGUGCACUCAACAUGGAAAAGAACCCAGUCCAACACAAGAGAAUCAAGCACAUUAAUGUGAGACAUCAUUUUCUCAAAGACAACGUGGAUAAGGGGCUUAUUUGCAUGAAGUUCUGUAGUACAGAAGACCAAAUUGCAGAUAUUUUCACCAAAGCUCUAAGCAGGGAACAUUUUGAGAGAAACAGGAUGGCACUAGGGUUAAUCAAGCCAAAUUGAGAACCUGAUUCCCUUCCCUAUGGCUAUGAAAAUUACAUUCAUGUAAAUCUAGCUAAAGUGUUUUCUGGCCAAGCUUAACUCACUUCUAUACCGUUGCAGGUAGACACGCAUGAUGAUUAUAGAAGCUGAAGGAACAAUGCAUGAGCAGCAAAGGAGAGUUGAAAAUCUUUUUAAAAAGGCCGGUCAGGAACCUAGUUCUUGUACCAUAGGUUAGUAGUCUUGUGUUUUUCUCAUGCGUAUCUCAAAAGAAACAAAAUUAACUGCCACGUCAUCCACCUUUUUAGACCUUGUAUAUCACGUCUUUUCUUUCAAACGGUGCAUCUUCCCACAAACCUACCACCGUUUCAGAACCCGUUUCUCUCUUCCCUCAUAAUUAUCCUUUCCCUCCUUAAAACACCUUCAUUUCUAACCUUGAGCGAUCAUCCCCCCUCUCUCCAUCCUUCCAGAAUCUUCAACCUAACUAUCUACCAUGGCUGAAGAGCUAGCUACCCUACCCAUCUUGGAAGGUAACAUCUUCGACUCAUCUGCCACCUUCGAAAUACCACCAAAAAUCCCCUCUUCCACCAUUACUGACACCGAUAUAUCCAAACCCGAUUCGCUUUCACCUCUUGUCUCUCUCACCACUCUAUCUGACCCUAUUCCUUAGUUAAGUGUUGAGGACUCAGAAGCCUCAAAAGUCGACACUGUUUCUUCUCUGUUGCCUGAUACUCUAAAAAAACCAGAACAAGGAUGAAAAAGAGGGUGAAACUCAACAAGAAAAAGGGUUUUUUGAGGAAGAUAUUGAUCAGUACAUAAGUUCUCCAGUCUUGGACACUGUUGCUCCCAUGGAGGCUCAGAAAAAAGAGGCCGCUGAAAACAUAUUGGCCAUUGCUGCUGAGGGACUGGUGGAUGAAGGAACUUCUACCAUGCCUGAGUCUCAGGGGGAAGGGACUCCGCUCUUAGGAGAAAAAGGAACAAUGGUGCUCUUUGAACCACCUGCACCUGAAGAAGCUAUUGGGAACCCUGCUGAUGAAACUGAUCCCAUCCCUGAGGAAACAGGUCAGGAAUUAUCUUCCCAGGUCAUCUUUGACCCUGCUCCUUCUCCUCACUUUGACGUUGAGCCGUUGGAGUCUAUCCCUCAUGUUGUGAGACCUAGUGAUGAGGAUGCUCAGGAUGAUGUGGUUCUCAGUACUCGCUUCAAGAUUAGAAAGCCUGUGGUCACUCCUGAGCCCCCUUCUAAGCGACCUACCAUAAGGUUGCAACCCUGAAGAAAAGUAGGAGUAGCAAGAAGAAGAAAAAGAAGAGGCUGAUAAAGGAAGGGGAAAUUGUGUGUGACAAAAAUAUUUCAGUAGUAGAGGUGGUUGAGGAUGCUCAGGAGGAAACAAGUUCCCUGGUUGAGAGAUCUCAGAAAAAGAAAUAAUCUAUUGAGAGUGCUUCAAAGGAAGUUGUUGUAAAACCAAGUAAAACGUCUGUGAAAGGUAGUGUCAAGUCUAAGCAAGUUGUGGAGGAAGAAUAUGUGUUUGAUGAUGAUAUUCUGGUAAAAUCAAGUGAUAAGGGCAAGUCCAUUGGCAUGUCUAGCAAAAGGAAGUUGGAAGUUGUUGGGGAACCCGAUUCUGUAAAAAAGAUGAAAAGUGUAAGUGUAGUGGGGCAAGAAAGGUUGAGACAUCAAAAGGUAUUGUGGGGUCGCACUUUUGACCCAGAGAUUUCUGAAAUGGCGGGUAUGAG